GUCCAGGCAGCUGAAGAGUGUGGUUAGCAAGAUGAACAAAGAUGAGCAGCUGAGAGCAGCGAUUAACCAAAAGUUGAUAGAAACUGGAGAAAGAGAACGCCUCAAAGAGUUGCUGAGAGCUAAACUAAUUGAAUGUGGCUGGAAGGACCAGUUGAAGGCACACUGUAAAGAGGUAAUUAAAGAAAAAGGACUAGAACACGUUACUGUUGAUGACUUGGUGGCUGAAAUCACACCAAAAGGCAGAGCCCUGGUACCUGACAGUGUAAAGAAGGAGCUCCCACAAAGAAUAAGAACAUUCCUUGCUCAGCAUGCCAGCCUUUAAGAUUGAAUUAGAUUGUGUUGUUUUGUGGUUUUAUUUCUGAAAGUAAAACUUGCCAUAAAUUAGGAAUCAAUUUCCCAAAAUAAAAUCCUUUUUUGUAUGAUGGUAUACAGUUUUCAGUAAUGAUGUAUACAUUGUAUUGAUUUUUUCCCUAAAUGUGUUAUUUUAAUAAAUAUCUCAUGAAUGAG